UACCCCUUUUAAGUUUAACUACAAUGAGAGAUUUUUUUGAUAGUAAGUGAGAAAAAGUGAUGGAGCAUGAGUAUUGAGUGAAGAGUGAUGAAAAUAUUUUUGACCGACAAGUUAAAAUGAAGAAGUCUGGGCAUCUUGGUUCUCACGUGAUAGGCAAAAACACAUAAACCAAUGUUUUUUAAAAAAAAAAAAAAAAAAAAAAAAAAAAAAAAAAGAGAAAAAACUCAUGUUUUGCUGACUCAGCCGUAACUAUCAACCUCCACACUACCCAGUUGGAGCUUACUCCAUUGGAUCAUAAACAUGAUUUCUCUCUCCUUGGACCAUCUUCCACGUGUUUAAAUCGUGUCCAUUCAAUAACCCUAUGCGGCGGUUCGUAUUGUUCUCCUACUUCACUGUGACAAACACCACCCUCACCGCACUGUCACCCUAUCACCUCCUCCUCACUAUACCCUUUUCUCAAGUAAUUUCUUUAAUUAGAGAUAUUUUUGCCCCCCUCUCUGACCCAAUUAUACAAACCCAAAAAAAUUACAAUAAUUAUAUUAUUUUUUUAAUUUAAUUUACAUUUUACCGUUUUCCAAUUUCGGCUGAUGGUAUCCUAUAUAAAACCCAACUCAAGAGUCACUUACUCACUUGUUUACCUCCUCCUUUUAUUGCUCCUCUUCACACUCCCUACUUUCUCUCUCUUCACUCAUUUUCUCUCUCCUCUCUUCACAUUACAUUUUCACAAAAUUAAAUAAAUUCCCAAAAAAAUUGAACUUUCCCAUUACAUUGAAUCUUCCUUUCUCACUGUUCCCAAAUUUUUCCACCAAUUUUCAUCUUUGUUGACAAUUUGUUCUUCUUAAUGCGAAGAACAGAAGUAAUUUAUAUUGUUUGAACCAAUCCACCCUUAAAAAAGAUGGAUUAUUCUCACUUGCUAUGCCCGGUGAAAUACACCGAGCAUCGCAGCGUGACAAAGAAGCAGAACCUUAUCAAAGUAUCAAAGAAAUCGAUACCGAAACCUCCACCUAGAGUGGUUCGUGUAUCGGUUGUAGACAACGACGCAACCGACUCAUCAAGCGAUGAGGAGUCCGACUUAUUCGGCCGUCACCGUGUCAGGCGGUACACGAAUGAGAUAUUGAUCGAGCAAACCACCAGUUUGAGUAAUGCUGCGGUAGCAGCAACAACAGCAACAACUACGGCUCCUAUUGUCGCCCCUCUUUGUAAGAAGGGCGGGUCGAGGAGGAAAUCAUCAGCAAACACGGCCGUGCCGACCGGUCAACCCGGUGGCGCGUUGGUGACUUCCGGUGGUGUUAGGAAGUUUCGAGGUGUCCGUCAACGGCCUUGGGGGAAAUGGGCUGCGGAAAUUCGUGACCCGGCGAAGCGGGUUCGGUUAUGGCUUGGAACGUAUGACACUGCUGAAGAGGCUGCAAUGGUUUACGAUAACGCUGCGAUUAAGCUUCGUGGUCCUGAUGCUCUGACUAAUUUCGCUACUCCGCCACCGCGUGAACCACCGGCUCCGGUGGUGGUUGAGACUCACGCGCCGUCGACUUCCGGCGGGUAUGAGUCGGGCGAUGAGUCUGCUUCACACAACAUUCUCUGCUCACCCACUUCUGUCCUCCACUUCCGGGGCGGUUCGACCGGGGAAGAAGUCUCCCGGUUCAAACCGGACAUUGUUAAAAAUGAAAAUGAAAUGUUGUUUUGUCCGGUUCAAGAAACAAGCAACAGUGUGAGCAACAGCUUGAUGAGUAUCAGCAACAGUAUGAGCAACAGCAGUAGUAGCUGUCACUUGGAGGAAUGUCAAGGAGAAUCAUCAUCAAAUAUUGGCGAUUUCUUAGAUACGCCGUAUUUGAAUGAUUUCUUCAACUUUGAGUCACCGGAACCCAUGAUUUUCGAGGAUUCCAAACCGCUGGACAAUCUAUUUGCUAUCGGUGAUGAUUGUGAUAAUCAGUUCCAUAACCAGUUUGAUUUCGGGGACGUGUUCGUUGAUUCGUUUAUGGAUGAUUUCGAUUUUAAUACGAUGAAUAACAAUAACAACAACAGUUAUUCAUCGUCUAACUUGUUACAAGUGGACGAUUAUUUUCGAGAUAUCAAUGAGAUUUUUGCAGCGGAUCCUCUUGUAGCCUUGUAAUCUGACUGAAAAAACAAAAGAAAAAAGAAGAAAAUGGGAGAGAGUCAUCUUUUUCCGGCCGAUUGUUGAUUGGCAAGUUUUGUACCGGCGGCGAGUAUUAAUUAGAUUUUUUUGUUUAAUUUUAUAUUAGUAGUACUAAUAUUAUUCUCUGUUAGAAAUAUAGCGGAGAAUUUUUGAGGAAUUAAUAAAAUUAAUUAUAUGAGAGUAAUUAUUUAGGCCUUUAAUUUUGUUUUGUGAUGAUGAGUUGUAUACAGUAAAUUCAAUUUUGGUUGAAGAAAAAUGGAAAUACAGAUUACAAUUUGUUUCCUA